CAAUAUAAGAAAAUAUUUGACUGUUUCUUAAACUGGUAGGCCUACAGUGCGCAAAUGCGUUACUAGUCAGAAAAACAUGUAUUGCUCGUAAUCUUCUUUAAAACUAAAACCCACAAAAGUGGAAGUCAUUGACAUUGGCAGCCGAGGAUAGCUAACUAGUAUGUUGACGGCAGCAGCAUUGCAAAGCAAAUUUGAAGAAGAAGCCCAGAAGAAGCAGCCGCUGCAAGGGCGUCCCUCGUCGUAAACAUCGCCAUCUUUAAUCAGACACAACAACAGCCCCACUUUAGCGAGUCACCUAGCGUUAGGGGAUCAACACUAUAUGAUGAACUGAGUUGGAGGAAUAAUAUAGACGAAUCUAGGCCAUUAUCGUUUGCAGCGUUCGUGUAUCUUUUGACGAGUGUGGCCAAAUUUGGAGUGAAAAGUACUGCAAACUUCCCAACACUUUACCAUGGGAGCAGAUAAAAGAUUAGGUCGCAGUGAACGUAGCGGGAGAUAUGGUUCUGAUGGGGGUCGCGAGGACUCAGAGUGGCGUGAGAGACGGGACAGAGACCCAGAAAGGGACUAUGAUCGGCGCUGGGGAGAUGAAAGACAAAGAGAUCGAUAUGAAGAUCGCAGAGACAGAGAAAGCCCAGAGAGGGGGAGAAAGCGACAUAACAGUGACAGAUCGGAAGAUGGUUAUCACUCUGAUGGUGAUUACCAGGACCAGGACCCCGACUACAGGAUGGAGCAGGAGGAGGAGAGCAAAACUAUCAUGCUCAGGGGCCUGUCCCUCAACGUCAUAGAGGAGGAUAUCCGGGUAGCCCUCGAGCAGCUGCAGGGACCCCAGCCUGUGGACAUCCGUCUGAUGAAGAAGAGAACAGGUAUAAGCCGAGGUUUCGCCUUCGUGGAGUUUUAUCACUUGCAAGAUGCUACCCGAUGGAUGGAGACCAAUCAGAACCAGUUGGAGAUCCAGGGGAAGAGCAUAGCCUGUCACUACAGCAAUCGGAAACACAAGUUUGAAAACUGGCUGUGCAACUCUUGCGGCCUGUACAAUUUCCGGAAGAGGCUGAAGUGCUUCAGGUGUGGAGCAGUCAAAGUUGAGGGAGAGUCUGCUGGUCCCAGUGGUGUCAACACAGAGCCUCAACACACCGGAGAUUUCUAUGGAGACACUAUCAUUCUGAGGAACAUCGCCCCCCUGAGCAGCGUUGAGGCUAUCCUGACCAUGCUGGCUCCCUACGCCCACCUUUCUGCCGGCAACAUCCGUCUCAUCAAAGACAAGCAGACCGGACAGAACCGAGGCUUUGCCUUCGUGCAGCUCUCUUCUCCACUAGAGGCCUCCCAGCUUCUCACCAUUCUCCAGGGCCUACAGCCUCCUCUCAAACUGGAUGGGAAGACCAUAGGUGUAGACUACGCCAAGAGUGCCAGGAAAGACCUGUUGACGCCAGAUGGGAGCAGAGUCAGUGCCUUCUCUGUUGCGAGCACCGCCAUCGCUGCUGCCCAGUGGUCCUCCAGCCAGCUUCAGCAGGGACUGGGUGCAACCACAGAGUAUGGCGCCCUGCAGGAGGGCUACAGGCAGUACACACAGAACUACCAGCCGUGGCCCCAGCUGGAAGGACUGGCCACUACUUCUCUUGGGGAUGGAAUAUUAGGAGCUGCCCCAGGAGUGAAGACUCUGAUCCCUUCAGCCGCAGGGGUGGUUGUGUCCCAGACCGCCCAAGUCUACCAGCCUCACAUCCUCACUCAGACAGCGCUGCAGCAGUCUCACCCGCUGCUAGGUCACCUAGACGUGGCCCACCAGGCAGCAGUCCUGGUUCCCUCCUCAGCCCUGGGUACGGCUGCACCCUCUGCGGCUGCCAGCGCUGCUCCCAGCGCUGCUCCCACUGACAAAACCCACGUUGUUCCUGACAUCUCUACCUACCAGUAUGAUGAGGCGUCAGGGUACUACUAUGACCAACAGACUGGUCUGUACUAUGAUUCCAACAGCCAGUACUACUACAACUCCCAGACCCAGCAGUACCUGUACUGGGAUAGUGAGCAGCAGGCGUACGUCCCUGCCCCAGCAGCAGCAGCCCCAGCAGAGGGCAGCUCAGAGCAGGCUGCUGCCUCCAGCUCCACAGCGCAGGCCUCCACCACACCUGGGAAAGAGGCCAAGGAGAAGAAGGACAAGCCCAAGAGCAAGUCUGCACAGCAGAUUGCUAAAGAUAUGGAGCGCUGGGCAAAGAGUCUGAACAAGCAGAAGGAGAGCUUCAAGAGCGGCUUCCAGACCUUGCAGGGCAGGGAGGAGGAGAAGAGGGAGUCUGCUGCGGCCGACGCUGGCUUCACACUGUUCGAGAAGCAUGGUGCAGGGUUUGAGGCCCAGCCCCUGAUGCUGCCCCCUGAGCAGGUGAAGAGUGCAGAACUGGUGAUCCCAGCCAAGAGUGGCCUGGUGGCAGCCUACAGUGGGGACAGUGACCCAGAGGAGGCAGCGGCGGCGUCCUUUGAGCGGUCUGAGGAAGGAAGUGACAAGCUGAUGGACUGGAACAAGAUGGCCUGCCUGCUCUGCCGACGACAGUUCCCCAACAAAGAGGCCUUGCUGCGCCACCAACAGCUCUCUGACUUGCACAAGCAAAACAUGGAAAUUCACAGACGAUCUAAACUAUCAGAGGCGGAACUUGAGGAAUUGGAGAGGAAGGAGACGGAGCUGAAGUAUCGAGACAGGGCUGCUGAACGAAGGGAAAAAUAUGGAGUUCCUGAACCUCCAGCACCGAAGAAGAAGAAAUUCUAUCAGCCUCCCACCCCAACUGUGAACUAUGAGCAGCCCACGAAAGAUGGCCUCACGAGUGACAACAUCGGCAACAAGAUGCUGCAGGCCAUGGGCUGGCAGGAGGGCAAGGGUCUGGGGCGCAACCAGCAGGGCAUCACAGCGCCCAUCUCGGCCUCAUUAAGGACAAAGGGUACAGGCUUGGGCAUUAAAGGAAGCUCCUAUGAACUCUCAGCAUCUGACACCUACAAGGAUGCUGUUCGCAAAGCCAUGUUUGCACGCUUUACUGAAAUAGAGUAAACCAUCUACCUGCUUUUUCACAAUUUGAACAAUACGAGAUACAUCGUUUAUUGAAUAUAAUUUACUACUGCCUUGUGUUUAUUCCAGAUGUUUCGUUAUAAUUGAAUAUCCAACAAUUCGGUAUAUUUUUGGUUAAUGAAAAGCUCCUGAUUUGGGUUGGGGGGGGGGGGUUAGUGGGGUGAGAAACUGAUGUUGAAGGUAUCUGACAGAUCUGUUCCUAGGCCAAACUAUUCAUGACAUAGUACGAAUGUGUCAUGCUUUUUUUUUUUACAUGAUGAAAUGCUUUCUAGCAUUUUGUUGAGAAUGUACAGUGUGUAUAGUUUUUGUUGUUGUACAGAAUAGGAAUGGUGUGACUCUGCUGUGUUUGUCUUUGAGAGAUAAAAUAAAACAUCAAUAAAACUUGA